AUGGAAAACGGAUUGGCCGAGAUUCACCUCAUCUCCCUACCAUCCGAAGUGGCGUCCCUGAAACUUGUCGACACCCCAGGCCACCCUCCUACGAAGCCACAAAAGCCCAAUCUCGGCAACCUUUCUGGUAAUCGCACACCCAGCCCUGCAAAGAGGUGCCAGGAUUUCACAUUCAUUGACGAUGGCGCUGUCUCAUCCUCCUCCUCGGCCACGUCAACAAAGGAGCGUGAAAAACCGCGUCACUGUAGCGAAGACAUUGAAAACCAUCAGUGUAGUAACCGAGGUUCUCAUGUCGCCUUGGACAAAUGUCCGUCCGAAGUUCAGCAAAUUCCUUCUGUGCAUGUUCCGGAUGCGCGUACACCUUCAGAUGUAUGUGAGAUGACCCCAGCCCCUACUCGUCGCCUUCCUACUGUUGUGGUUUUGGGAUAUCAGCGCGCCGUUGCUGAGUCUCAGGCUGCUGCUGAGAGAUUGCAUCAGGAACAACUCCGCCAGGGGGAUGGCAAGGCCUCCCUUGACUGUCCUUUGACGUUGAGCAUUGGCUCUGGUGGACUAGUUAAUCACGGAAUAUCUCCGUCACCGCACGGUCGAAAUAACAGGGUAAAAUGUUCACCUUCUGAAGAUCUCCAUAUUCUCCCCCAAGUCCUCCAACCACCUCCCCCUCAAUCCUCCCCCACACAUGACCUCAAUUUCCCACCCUCCGCCACUGUUACCUUCUCAUCGCCGGCCACCGUUGAGGAGACGAGUUCUGACGAACGCUUACUUGUUGAUCAGCCGUCAACCAUGGCUGCUCCUUCAAAUUCCCCGCUCAGCAGCUCACCGCCCGAUGUUGGUCCGCUCUGGCAGGUAGUUGGCACGAGACACGUUGCUGAGGAUGCUGAGUCCAUCGCUGAAUCGGUCUACCACCAACCACCCAAGGCCGCUGACCGUGGGGCUGCGUAUCGGUUGGCUAGGCGUCUCUUCACGCUAGACGGUUUCAAAAUUACGGAUGUAGCCAAGCACCUGUGCAAGCGUUUUCUGUGGUGUGCGUGUGACGCGCUGGUGAGUGAAGCGAGAGAGGGAGACGGGGUUCCCGCUGGAGACGCUCGUCUCCUGCCUUGCCAUGACUCAUCGGCGGCACGCGCGCGCACCUUGGAAAGUGUGCCGCCGCCUCCGUCGCCGCGUCAUCUUCCGCGAAAAAAUACCUUCGUCUGCCGAUGUGGCCGAGGAGGCACUCUCUCUCGGCAUUCCUGUGAUUCGGCAAUUCACCGGAGAAAGACAACCGCAAGCAACGCGCGCCCCUUUUUCUCGUAG